AUGACUACACCAUAUGAGAAUAGUCGCCUCAAAAGAAUUGCAGAGAAUAAGAAAAAGUUAGCGGCUCUCAAUCUUCCUACACUCUCUCAAUCCCUUCACAAAUCAUCAGAGUCUUCUUCCAAACCAUCACUGUCUGUGAAGGGCCGUUCAAGGUUUGUACAACCUGGAGAGCUUGAAGUAAAUAAGAAGCGCCUACGUUCAAUUACAACUCGCAAAUCAUCAAUAACCCCUCCACCAAUGGAAACUACAAUAACCCCUCCACCAAUGGAAACUACAAUAACCCCUCCGUCAAUCCAAAUUGCAAAAGAUGUUGUGGUAGAAGAUGAGGAUGAAGAUGACAUGGUAGGAGAUGAGGCUGAUGAUGUUAUGGUAGGAGAUAGGACUGGAGAUGUUGUAUUAGGAGAUGAGGCUGAAGAUAUUGUGGUAGGAGAUGAGGCUGAAGAUGAUGUGGUAGGAGAUGAGGCUGAAGAUGUUGUAUUAGGAGAUGAGGCUGAAGAUGUUGUGGUAGGAGAUGAGGCUGAAGAUGUUGUGGUAGGAGAUGGGACUGGAGAUGUUGUUAAAGUGGCUAAAUCUGAGUAUUGGGAUGUAAAUGUCAUUAACGAGGAAGGUUAUGUUUCAAACACACGUUUAUGUGUGAAAGACUUGGUUGCGAAAUCAGAGCCUGAUGGAACAUGGAUAAUACUUGAAUUCAAUAAGAAUGAUUGUGCAGUAGGAUCGGCUUCUGGUUUGCUAGCAGGAUAUUUGGGUAUAAUUAUUAGAAUGUUUAGAGAUAUUCCCAUAAUGUUUGAGAGUUGGAAGAAUGUUCCAGCAGAUACAAAAACAAAGUUUUAUGAAUCAAAGAUAAAGCGCCAUUUUCUUGUGGAUGAUGGGCGUGACAAAGAUUUUGAAAAUCUUCAAAAUUAUCCAAAAUGCAGAGGCAUUCCUGAAAAUGACUGGGCUGUUUAUGUUCAAUAUAGGCGGAAAGAAAAAACACAGAAAAUAUCCCAAAAAAAUUCCCAAAAUAGAGCAAAAUUGAAGGCUCCGCAUACACUCGGAUCUAAGUCGCUUGCAAGGAAGAAACAUGAGUUGGAAAUGAGAGAUGGACGAACAUACAGCAGAGGAGAAAUGUAUGCAGUUUCUCAUAAAAAGCCUAACGGGUCAUUUAUCAAUGAAGAUGCAUACAACAAUAAUAAAAAAUUACAAGCUGCAAAUAAGGAUUCUGUGUUUGAAAAUGAGGCAUUUCAGAAAGUAUUUGGAAAAGAAAAGCAUGGAUAUGUUCGUAGUAUGGGACUUGGAGUUACACCAUCUCAAAUUAAUAGAUCUACGAGAUCGACAUCUUCUUCUGCAGAAAGUGAACAAAUAAAGGAAAUGCAAGAAGAAACUAAUGCACUUAAAGAAAAGAAUUCAAAAAUUGAUGAAUUAACACAGGCAAUCAUAUUCUUAACGCAAAGGGACAAGGCGAGGACAAAGGAAAUUGAACUCUUAAUGCAAAUGCAGAAUUUUAGUGGAAGACAGGGAUUGGAAUCACCCGCUGAUGGUAGACGUUCAUCUGAGUCUAGCUACCGUAUUGGAGAUAAUGGAACUUCAGGGGGGACAAAUUAG